AACUGGGUUGGGCACAAAAUACCUUCAGCGACGAAUUAAAGAAAUUUAUUUAGAAACAAAUCGUAUUAAUUGCAAGGUGCAGUGUUCAAAUUUCACUAAAUAUAUCAACAAAGUAUAAUGCCUGCAAUAGAGGAGGCAGAAAUCAAUAAAUAUCUUUCAAAGUAUAAAAAUGUGGCCGCUACAAGAAAAGAUGUUGUCGACGUUCUUACUACGUAUCGCAGUUUGACCUACGAUCUGCAGAAAUUUGUUUUUAAUGAUGGAAGCUCGAAGGAUUUGUUUACAUUGCAAGGCACUAUACCCGUGGUCUAUAAAAAUAACACCUACUACAUUCCCAUUUGCAUAUGGCUGAUGGACACUCAUCCCCAAAAUGCACCCAUGUGCUUUGUGAAACCGACGCCCACCAUGCAGAUAAAGGUGUCCAUGUAUGUGGACCACAAUGGCAAGGUGUAUCUACCCUAUCUGCAUGACUGGCAACCGCAUAGAUCAGAUCUUCUAUCACUUAUACAAGUUAUGAUUGUGACAUUCGGUGAUCAUCCGCCUGUAUACUCAAAGCCCAAGGAGCAAGUUGCUGCUCCAUAUCCAACAAACUCUUUUAUGCCGCAACCUGGUGGACAAGGUGCUGCUAAUUCGUUUCUGCCUUAUCCAAGUUCCAGUGGCACUGGCGGCGGCAAUUUUCCGCCUUAUCCCACUGCUGCUGGUUCCUUUUAUCCACCAAGUGGUGGACCCGCAGGUGGCUCCGGCGGAUACCCUCCCUAUAUGAAUUACCCACAACCGGGCGGAUAUUCAGGUAGCGCUGGCUAUAAUCCUGCGGCAUCUGCAAAUUCCAGUUCAACAGGCACCAUUACGGAGGAGCACAUCAAAGCAUCACUUAUUAGCGCUGUGGAGGACAAGUUGAGGCGUCGCAUACAGGAAAAAGUCAAUCAAUAUCAGGCUGAAAUAGAAACAUUGAACCGUACGAAACAGGAAUUGGUGGAGGGCAGUGCCAAGAUUGAUGCCAUCGUAACUCGCCUGGGCCGCGAGCAAGUCGAUCUACAAAAGAACAUCAGCAUAUUGCGGGACAAGGAGGAGGAAUUGAAGAAAAGUCUGGAGACUCUAGAGAAUGCUGAGGCCAUAGAUCCCGACGAAGCUGUCACCACCACAGCUCCAUUAUAUAGACAAUUACUUAAUGCCUAUGCUGACGAAGCGGCCACCGAGGAUGCCAUAUACUACUUGGGUGAGGGACUCCGUGGCGGUGUCAUUGAUCUAGAGACGUUCUUGAAACAUGUGCGCACUCUCUCACGCAAACAGUUCAUAUUGCGGGCUACAAUGCAAAAGUGUAGACAAAAGGCUGGACUGGCUGGCUAGGAGGAGAUGCUUUCAUAUUCAUGUGGUCGUCCCGUCUGUUAAAAUAAUUAUUAUUUUCACUAUUUGCAGUUUUAAAGUGCAACUAAUAAUCAAACCGCACAUAAUGAUAUGUUAAUUUGAAAUACAUAUUCGGUCUUGUUUUUUAAGCUUAAAUUGAAUCUUUAACAAAUUUGAAAUGUAUACUUAUUGUAUGAAUAAAACCCAACGUACACUUA